AUGGAGGGGAAACAUCUCCGCCGCGACGCAGACGCAACAGAACAGCAGCAGCAAAAGCAGCAGCAACCAGCACAACAGCAACAGCAACAGCAGCAGCCACUGCGGCAGCAGCAACAGCAUCAGCAGCAGCACCACCACCAGCAGCAGCAACAGCAGCAGCAGCAGCAGCAGCAGCACCACCACCACCACCACUACCACCAGCAACAGCACCGCACAACAGCAGCAGCAACAGCACCACCACCACCAGCACCACCACCAGCACCACCACCAGCACCACCACCAGCACCACCACCAGCAGCAGCACCAACAGCACCAACAGCAGCAGCAGCAGCAGCAGCAGCAGCAGCAGCAGCAGCAGCAGCAGAGUGCAGUGUGUUUCAAGCGAAGCAGCAAGCGACGGCAAAAAAUUAA